GGGCCUUGCUCGCUUCCCAUUGCACGAGCUUGGGUACGACUUCAGCACUCCCUUCUACCAUCUGGAUUAACCGGAUACCUCGCCAUCAUGAGAUCUCCCGAGGUCCAUUCGGCGCCUCCCACUGCUGUCGACCUGGAGGUUUUGCAAGGGAAAGAAGGGGUUGCCGAACACAGCUCGCUGGCGGAUGAGAAAAAAGACCUCGGUUGUCCGACCCAGCAGGACCCUUUUGGAGAUGAAGAGUUCGCAGAGGUCAAAUACAAGGUCCUCAAGUGGUGGCAGUGCGGCCUCCUCAUGGUGGCCGAGACGGUGUCGUUGGGCGUGUUGUCCCUGCCCGCUGCUGUCGCCGGCUUGGGUCUAGUCCCCUCGGUGGUCAUCCUGGUGUCCCUAGGCGGCCUAGCCACCUACACCGGCUAUGUGAUCGGUCAGUUCAAGUGGAGGUAUCCGCAGGUCUGCAACAUGGCCGAUGCCGGGGAGGUGCUUGCCGGUCGGUUUGGCCGCGAGCUGUUGGGGGCGGGCCAGAUCGUGUUCCUCGUCUUCAUCAUGGCCAGCCAUUUGCUGACCUUUACGAUUGCCAUGAACGACAUCACGAACCAUGGGACGUGCUCCAUCGUUUUUGGGAUUGUGGGAUUGAUCGUGUCUUAUGGGUGUACCCUGCCGCGCACUCUGGCCAAGAUGUCCUGGCUCUCGCUGGUUUCAUUCAUCAGCAUCUUGUCCGCCGUGAUCGUCACCAUGAUUGGUGUGGGCAUUACCCACCCGGGAGAGGUGGUUCAAGCGACUGUUAACACGAAUCUGUAUCACGGAUUCACUGCUGUGGCUAAUAUUGUCUUUGCAUUUUCUGGACACGCGGCGUUCUUUGGCCUGGCAGCCGAGUUGAAGAAUCCCGUCGACUUUCCUAAGGCUUUGGUGCUGCUUCAGAGUAUCGAUAUUACUCUUUACAUUGUUGCAGCCAUCGUGAUCUACUGCUACGGAGGCUCUACCGUUACUUCUCCUGCGCUGGGUUCUGCCAGCCCAGUUGUGUCCAAGGUCGCCUACGGCAUUGCCCUUCCAACGAUCAUCAUCGCUGGGGUCAUCAACGGACAUGUGGCCUCAAAAGCAGUCUAUGUUCGCAUUUUCCGCGGCACCGACCACAUGCACAAGCGCAGCUGGGUGGCUGUUGGCUCCUGGGCCGGGAUUGCUCUGGGACUGUGGGUAGUGGCCUGGAUUAUUGCGGAAGCCAUUCCAGUAUUCACCAGCUUGUUGAGCUUGGUUACUGCCCUCUUCGCCAGUUGGUUCACAUACGGCCUCAGCGGGAUAUUCUGGUUCUUCAUGAACCGGGGGCGCUGGUUUGCGUCUCCAGGAAAGAUUGCCCUGACGACGGUGAACUUGGUAGCGAUUGGAGUCGGUGGUUGUCUGUGCGGUCUCGGGCUCUACGUCUCCGGCAAAGCCAUCCACGACAACCCCAGCGAUGCCAGUUUCUCCUGUGUAAAUAAUGCUUGACGCUUUUUCUUCUUUUCUUCC